GAACGACGGCAGGAUGUGUGAAGGGCCAUCCAGGAUUUCUGGACCCAUUCCUCCAGACCCUACGCUCUUUCCAAACUAUUACAAACGCCCCUUCUCAGCUCGAGGGAGGCUGGAAGGGAAUGCUCAGAAGCUGGAUUUCACCUCUGGCCCCCUGGACCCAGUGCCCAACCCAUACCCUGCUUUGGGCAGUGCCCGCCAGGCCCAGCCAGCCCCUCGCAUUCGCCCCAGUGGAAGGGACUUCCUGGAGAAGGGACGGACGGGGACGCUCGGUCUCUUACUGCGGCUCGAAGGGAUCUCCCUUGACGGGAGGCUGCCAGUCAAGAGGAAGGAGUCCAAGGACCACGAGAAGGAAAACGUGAGGCGAAUAAAGGAGAUUCAGAAGAAGUGCAAAGAGAAGGAGCAAGCCCAAGAGCACAGCCAGCCCAAGCCUGUGAAAGCUCUCUGGAAAUCCCAGAAGUAUGAAAACGUGGAGUCAAAGGUGAAGGCCAAGCUGCAGGAGAGCUCCCCACCUCCGAAUCCAGAGGCUCUGAAAUUCCUGAGGGCAUAUUCUCGCUGUGGCCCUGGGAUCAAGCCAUGCAGACCGCCCUCCCCAAGGCCUGCCAGAAUGAAAGCAGGGGCAGAUCCAGAGGCUCCAGAGGCACUGGAUGCUGAAGCCAAGAUCCAGGUGGAGGGCAGGAGCAUCGACUUCAUCAAGCACAACGCCCGCAACGCCAAGCGGGCCCCGCUGCGGCGCUCCCAGUCCCUGCAGGCGCUGGCCGAGCUGCUGGACCAGAAGCACCGGGAGCAGGAGGAGUACAACGCCAAGCAAAAGGGCCACGUCCCCCAGUACCUGCUGGAGAGGAAGGAGCUGUGGCGCAGACAGAUGGAGGAGCGGCUGCAGAACCUGCCAGACCCUGACACGCCACCUGGUCAUGCCAUGAUGCCAGAGGGCCAACGGCUGGAGACCCCCGGCAAUCUGAAGCAGAGCCAGGAGCAGCUGACAAAGGACCUGGUGAUGCUGCCAGUGCGCUCGGACACCCUCAGCAUGCAGAAGAGGCGGUUAGAACUGGAGAGGAAGCUCUCUCAGAUAGAGGAGGCCAUCAAAAUUUUCUCGAGGCCCAAGGUCUUCAUCAAGCUGGACUCCUGA